CGUGUUGGCCAGAUGGGCGCAAUGGUGAAUCACUGAAUGUUGUGACUGCAUCAAGGAGGGAUGGAUCAAGCACCUUCUCGGUCAUGACCUUCAAGCCCCAAAACAUAGCCAACCACUUUGACUGACAGACUUUGUAGGGAGAGAGCUCCAUCCUUGCGUCACACCGUGCCCCGAACACGAUAAUCAUCCUUCCGUGUGAGAGGCACAGAACAUCAUACCAGCUGCAAACGCGCCAACAAAGAGAUACAGACUCGCCUGCAACAGCUCGAGGGCGUCAAAGCACAUCCACGUCUCAGCGAUGACUGUGAUGGAUCAAGCGGUGGGCGCCACGCGGCAAUGGGUCGCGAAUGCCAAGCUGCAGUCGCAGUCGCAGUCGCAGGUAUGGCGAGUGGCGGACGUGUUGAGGGAUCCCAUCACACACAACGUCCUCAUUCCGCCUCACCCCAACCCGCACUUUAUUCCCGCCGAGGCCUCGGUGCCGCUCUCUGUCAUCACCGCCAUCCUACCGCCUCUGGCCUACUAUCUCGCCCUCGUUCUGCUGCCGCCCUUUGACGAAGCGCGUCAUUCCAGUCUGGCACGGCGAGCGCUCAGCGCAAUCAAAUUCACAUUGGCGGCCAUCUCUAUCGUCACGUUUGUGCGACUGCCCUUUGCGUACCAUGUGCCUGGCAGCGCGACGCUGAGCUACCAGCUCGGCUUGAUCGGCUGCUAUGGUGGAGGUCGCGUGCUCGACAUCUUCUUCCUCAGUUGGCCUCGCGUGCCACGACGCCUGGCAUUCCCCCAGGACGAGAGGCAGCGCAGAGAAGUGGAGAUGAAGGACGAGCGCGGUAGAGCAGAACCAAGCCACCACAAGGAGAGGUACUUUCACUCUGACAACACCACCUGGCAAUUCCAGCCUCACCCUGCUGGUGUUUCGCAGCGGCUAUGGUAUGCUUUUGAUCUGAUGAUCAGCAUGAGAGGCAUCGGAUGGGACUUUGCCACUCCAGACGUCAGACACGAUCGUCAUCCUUGGCAGCCACCUUCCACCCGUCAACUUCAGCGCGCCAUCUUCAAGCUGCUGCCCUUCCUCGCCCUGUCAUUGGGCACGCUCAGGUGGCUCGUGCAGACAGCUCGUGCUCGUUCGCAAGACUUGGAACACACCAGCAUCGCCAGCUUGCCUGCCUACCAGCGCUUCCAAUUCGUCCUCGCCACCGGCAUUUCACUCUACGCCUUGUUCGACUUUGGUUACACUUUCGUUUCCGCGCUAGGCAUCCCCUUUUUGAAACGCUCCGCAAUUUUGGUGGAUCAGCUCUCCGACUCGCAUCCAUCUGACAGCGCCACCAAAGGCUUGGCCGCACCGACGCACGCCGUUUCUGCGCACAACGUCGACUUCUUCCCUCUCCUCAACCCCAUCAGCUUUCUCGCGUUCAGCAGUCUUCGCUCAUUUUGGAGCAAAAUCUGGCACCGUCUGUUCCAUCGUGUUUGGCUCAUCUAUGGCGUGCUUCCGGUCCAGAACUUUGCGCUUCUACUCGAGCGAUUCUUUGCGCUCCUCACCGGCGCCGCCUCCGAGAAGAAGCCGAUCAACAUCAGCGCGACUUGGCCAGCCAACCACCCGGAUCCCGGGCGCGUGCUCGAGCGUGGGCGCGCGGACUGGGGAAAGGUGAUGGGCGCCUUCAUCGCAUCAGGUGUGGUGCACGCCAUUAGCGAGAGGUGCGCUCUGGGUGGACGUCUUGCGCAGCCCCCACCCCACCACAUCCACGCUCCUUCUGCCGGCGUCUUUCGCAAAGCGACGCGUAUGGGUCAAUCGGCCUCUUUCUGGACAAGCUUUCUUUCGCGAGAGCGCCAGAUCACAGCUCAUCGCGUUGAAGCUGAGCAAGCCUUCACCUCGCUAGGCAAAUGGUCCCUUAGUCGGAUUGUCCCCCCAAUCAGCGGCGCGGGAGAGUUUACCUUUUUCUUCCUCAACGGUGUGGCCGUGUGUCUUGAGGGAGCGAUCUCCAACUUCGUGCGCGAAAGACGACGCCGCUCAAUCAUCGCAUGCAAGCGUGCGCAAGGUCACCAAGGAAACAUCGAGGUCUCGAAAGCAGAGUUGACGCAGUGGUACGACAGCAUUAUUGGUGUUGUGUGGGCUGUCGCAGUCCUCGCCUACACAGGAGAAUGUUUCGUAGAGGGUUGGAUAAGGAGCGGUAUUGUCGAAGAGCUCACAUUUCUGCUGCUCUAAUGGAGUGGGGGUCGCAAGAGUAUCCCGCCAGCGCCUGACAGAGACAGACAUGGGCUGGGAAAGCGACAGCCUUGGAAAACGUCGCCACCCUUCGUCAAAGUCCUUAUCUACGCUGAUUCAGGCCUGGCUCAGACACCGGUGCUUCUGUCAAAUACAUUGCUUUCAUCUCUACCUGGAAUCGCACUGCUGCUAGAAUUUACAACAGUGUCACAACACUUGUGACAUUAAAAUGUGGACUGCCCCGCUUUCACAGCUCAGCACUGCAAUGAGACACAAUUCAGCU